GAUUCAAGAUCGAGAGUUACCUAAAUCAUACUAAUGUAUAGUUUUUCAAACUAUCCUGCUACCAAAAUUUAUUUCAUUGAUGACGUGUUGUAGUAAAACCGUUUUUCUACAGAAUUCUACUAUUAGAUAAUGGCAAGUGUCAGGGACAGCGACAUAUCAUUAUGGUUGCACAACAAAUUGGGCACGACCAGCGACACAUGGAUUAGUGGCUCGAUAUGCACACAAUUAACGUCCGAUGUGUUGCGUAAUAUAAAAGAUUGCUUCCCCGAUCUACAGACUCAAGUAAAACUUAAACUGUUACUAUCAUUUUUUCAUAUUCCAAGAAGAAAUAUUGCAGAAUGGCGAACAGAGCUCGAAGAGAUCUUAGAAGUCGCAUGUGUAGAUAGUGAACAAUGGGUAUCCAUGUUAGCCGAAAUGAUGAAAACAUUCCCAUCGACCGGUAGUCUUAAUGUAACAGAAUUUUUUCAUAAUGAAGAUAAUAACAGAAUAUUCAAUGAUUUAAUUACAGAUUUAAAAAAAUUAGUACGAAAAAAUAUGGAUUACACAAUGUUGCCUUUAGAAUGUCUUUAUUUGAACAAAAAUGCUCUAAUUAAUGUUGUAGGCCAACCGCCUACUGCAAUAAAACAUUUUAACUUAAAACGAAAACCUAAAGCAGCAGCUAUUAAAGCUGAACUUUUACAAAAAGCGGCUGAUGUUGCUAAUCAUAUUAAGAAGCAUGCAGCUCCCACUGUUCCAGUACGAUCGAGAGGCAUGCCUCGUAAAAUGACUGAUACAACUCCUUUAAAAGGUAUACCAAGCCGCUCAUUACCUAGUGGUGGAUUUCGUUCUAAUCCUAUUAAUAGUGCUAUGGCAACUCCCGCAAGACCAGGAGUGCGUAAAGACUGUGGUAUUAAAAUAUUAGAAAUAACUGAGCAGCCUAUAGGUUAUGCUCAAGCUAAAAAGCGUAAGAAGGCUGAAAUGGAAGAAAAUAAACGUCUUUUGGAAGCUAACAAUGUAUCAACUUCUGGAACAACUUGUCAGCCAAUUACUAAAACUGAAGUUACAUCCACAACACCAGACUAUGCUGCUGGCUUAGCUCCUCUAAACCCACCAACUCCAGCACCAUCUACACCUCAACACGUACCUAGUUAUAUAGCACCUGCUACGCCUAUACCAGCAGAACCUUUAAAUGAGCCUGCAAGUGUUUCAAGUGCUACUCAACCAGAAGCUGAAUCUCCGCCUGCUGCUGCUCCCGCUGCUUCAAAAGUUAUUCAUCCACCUAUGGUACAAGUGCGCUCACAAACUGCCCAAGUUGGAGUAUCUACAACAACUACUUCAAAUACUGCUGCUCCAACACAGCUUUCUCUUACGAGAAGUCAAAUGGAAGAAGCACAGGACAUGUUUAGAAAUGCUAAUAAAGUAACUCGUCCUGAAAAAGCAUUAAUAUUAGGAUUUAUGGCAGGAAGUCGAGAUAACCCAUGUCCUCAAUUGGGCAGCCUAGUUACUGUUAAAUUGAGUGAAGAUCAUGAGACUGUAUUGCAAAAUGACCACACUUUAGUAAACAUGCUAGUAGAAACACACUUCCAAAUGAAUUAUAAUACAGGCGAAUGGAAAAGAAUAAAAAAAUAUAUUGAGCUGGAAAGAACAAGUAUGCCAGUAGCCAGUAGUCAACUUGCUGCAUUAGCAGCUGCUGCCACCGCAUUGCAAAAUCAAUCCUGACCUCACAAUUUAUGUCGACUGCUCCAAAUUGACUUGUUUUUUAGCUGCUUAUUGUUAAUUAAUUUAAAAAAAUACCAUUUUUCCAUCGUACAAAAAAGACAUUUGUUUGUAUCAAACAGUAAGUUUACAUAAUGUUUAUUCAAUGAGAUGAAAUUUUUUUUAUAUAUAUAUAACAAUCCUAAAAUCUACAAAUAAAUAAAUACAUUACAAGACUAA